AUGGCUGGAAUCGCUGCUCUCGGGCUCCUGUCCCUGUGUCAGCUCUUGGCCACAGCAUCAGCUCAGUCCCUUCCAAGAAUUGGGCCCCAAGGCCCCCCUGGACCUGCAGGACCCCCUGGACCAUCUGGCAAGGACGGCAUUGAUGGAGAGCCAGGCCCUCCUGGUUUGCCAGGCCCACCAGGGCCAAAAGGGGCACCAGGGAAGCCUGGAGCUGCAGGUGAAGCUGGAUUGCCUGGCCUUCCUGGAGUGGAUGGUUUAACAGGAACUGAUGGCCCACCUGGCCCAAAUGGGCCUCCAGGAGACCGUGGUGCACUGGGACCUGCUGGGCCACCUGGACCUGCUGGCAAAGGACUACCAGGACCUCCAGGGCCUCCAGGACCCAGUGGGCUCCCAGGGGGACACGGAUUUCGGGGCCCUUCUGGACCUUUUGGUCUGCCAGGAUUCCCAGGGCCUCCUGGACCACCCGGGCCUCCUGGUCUCCCAGGUGCCCUUCCUGACGGCGGUGGAGACCUUCAGUGCCCAGCUCUGUGCCCACCAGGUCCCCCAGGCCCCCCUGGAAUGCCAGGCUUCAAGGGACACACUGGUCACAAAGGGGAGCCUGGUGAAGUAGGAAAACAAGGAGAAAAGGGUAACCCUGGCCCUCCCGGCCCUCCAGGGAUUCCCGGCGGUGUUGGUCUGCAGGGCCCAAGAGGACUGAGAGGCCUCCCUGGUCCAAUGGGUCCAGCUGGCGACAGAGGUGACAUUGGAUUCAGGGGCCCACCUGGCAUCCCAGGACCUCCAGGCAGAGCUGGAGACCAAGGGAGCAAAGGACCUCAGGGGUUCCGGGGGCCCAAAGGUGACACUGGUAAACCUGGACCAAAAGGAAACCCAGGGGCUCGUGGGCUCAUAGGAGAACCUGGGAUGCCUGGCAAGGACGGGCGGGAUGGAGCUCCUGGACUCGAUGGUGAGAAGGGUGACGCAGCUCCCGUGGGUGCUCCUGGAGAGAAGGGGCCAAAUGGACUUCCCGGUCUGCCUGGAAGAGCAGGUAUUAAAGGCUCAAAGGGUGAACCAGGCAGCCCUGGCGAGAUGGGAGAGGCAGGUCCCUCUGGAGAGCCAGGCAUCCCUGGCGAUGUUGGCAUCCCUGGAGAGAGAGGUCUGCCAGGACCCAGAGGAGCAACUGGACCACUUGGCCUCCAAGGCCCCAUAGGAGCCCGUGGUGUCCGAGGCUUCCAGGGCCCCAAAGGUGCCAGCGGUGAGCCCGGCCUGCCAGGCCCGACUGGGAUCCGUGGAGAGACAGGAGACAGGGGUCCUCUCGGUGCUCCUGGUCCCAAGGGGAACCAGGGCAUUGCUGGAGCAGAUGGCCUCCCAGGUGACAAAGGAGAGCUGGGUCCCUUUGGACCUCCUGGCCAAAAAGGAGAGCCAGGAAAAAGAGGAGAACUUGGUCCAAAAGGUGUCCAAGGACCGAAUGGGACAGCUGGAGCACCAGGGAUCCCAGGACAUCCAGGACCCAUGGGUCACCAGGGGGAGAGGGGUGUCCCUGGCAUCACAGGCAAACCUGGACCUCCUGGCAAAGAGGCCAGUGAACAACAUAUCAGAGAACUCUGUGGGGAAAUGAUAAAUGAGCAAAUUGCACUGCUGGCUGCUAACCUGAGGAAGCCCCUGGCUCCUGGGAUGACGGGACGGCCGGGCCCAGCCGGGCCCCCGGGCCCCCCUGGCAGCGCGGGCAGCGUGGGGCACCCUGGGCCCCGUGGGCCCCCCGGCUACCGAGGGCCAACAGGAGAGCUUGGCGACCCUGGACCCAGAGGUGACCCUGGUGAAAAGGGAGACAAAGGACCUGUGGGCCAAGGGAUCGAUGGGCCUGAUGGUGACCAAGGGCUGCAGGGACCACCUGGUGUGCCUGGAAUUACUAAAAACGGCCGUGAUGGUGCUCAGGGUGAACCCGGGCUGCCAGGGGAUCCUGGGACUCCUGGCACUGUUGGGGCUCAGGGAACUCCAGGAAUUUGUGACACGUCGGCUUGCAUGGGAGCUGUCGCAGCAUCAACUUCCAAAAAAUCAUAAACCAACAGUACAAGAAGUGAAGAAGUGACUGAAUAUUUAAAUAAACAGUGCAUUGUAAGAAAACAGAAUCCUUCUAGUGCUAAAAGGACAGAUGCUCCUUCUAUUCUAUUAAGUGGAGACUUUGACACAGUUCUAUGAAAAAGAAAGCAUCAGAUGAAAACUUUAAUUAAAGAUGCUUUAUGACUAUCUUUUCCUCCCCCCAAUUAUUUCCCAGAAUUUUUACUGCUAAACAAGCUCACAUUUCCUUCCUCCCUUUGCUCAAGAGACCUGCAAGAGGAAGCAUUGCUCCUUUUUACCAUCACCCGCCCUGUACUAAAGAUCACGACUUUUUGCUAAGAAAGUUUGAGCCUUUUCCAUUGAAUUCCUUGGUGCUGCUCCCACUGACUUCAGUCCUGCAGGUUUGUGCUCUCAGACACGUUGUUAAGACACUCAGGCACCGAGCUGCCUCUUCCAUCAGUGGAAAUCAGGCAUUUCAAUAUCCUGUAUGUUAACAUCUGAACCUUCUGGCCUAAGGAAUGACCAUUGCUUAAGUCUGUGCUGCCAGCUAGAAAUUUUCAGAUUGCACCUCAAAUAUUUUGGCAAGACUAGUAAACAGUAAUCCUCUUGCAAGCAAAUUCUGCAAAAGGAGUAAUGUAAAUAUUUUAAUUUCCAGGGAAGAAUUUUUGCAUAUUUCCAUAUGAUAACGAAGGAAAUGAAGUAACAGCAUUUUCAUGACCUCUACUUCAGCUAUUUGCACAGUAAUUGUGAUGGAACCCCACCUAAGAAAGGAUGCUCUUUUAAAGUCCAGCCAAAACCACCUGUAUGAACUGUUGUAAAAAUAAAAGGAGAUUUUUUUUAA